AUGCUGACAGAACGUGAGACAUGGAAUCCAUUAAAAUUGCAUUAUCAGUUAAGAAACGUGUGGGAACGAUUAGCUAAAAACCUGGUGAAAAAGGGCCUGCUGACAACGGAGAAACAGAGCUUCCUCCUCUUUGACAUGACGACGCACCCCCUCACCAACAACAGCAUUAAGCAGCGCCUCAUCAAGAAGGUGCAGGAAGCCGUUCUCGACAAGUGGGUGAACGACCCUCACCGCAUGGACAAGCGCCUGCUGGCCCUCCUCUACCUGGCCCACGCCUCAGACGUCCUGGAGAACGCGUUUGCGCCCCUGCUGGACGAGCAGUAUGAUGUAGCCACCAAGCGGGUGCGGCAGCUCCUGGACUUGGACCCGGAGGUGGAGUGUCUGAAGGCUGGGGCCAACGAGGUGCUGUGGGCGGUGGUGGCCGCCUUCACCAAGUGA